AUGGCCGCCUCUCGGAAACCAAAUGUCAAAAUUCUACUCUCCGUGGAUUUCGAUGCUGUUUCGGGCUUUCUAGGAACUGGUGCUUCGGCUACAACCAAUCUGGCCGAUUACAGCAGUGGCUUUUUCGCAGCUCAAGUUGGAGUACCACGCUUAUUGCGCCUCUUUAAGAAACAUGGAAUCAGUUCCUCCGUGACUUGGUUUGUGCCUGGUCAUUCAAUGGAAUCAUUCCCAGAGGAGACCAAAGCAAUUGUUCAGUCGGGCGCCGAAAUCGGUUGUCAUGGAUAUGCACACGAGGGCUCUACUCAAAUGACCGAAUCACAGGAAAGAGAAGUUAUAGCCAAAUGUGUGCAGUUGGCAACAAACUUGACUGGAAAAAAACCUCGAGGAUGGAGGGCGCCAUUAUAUCAGUUGCGAACACACACCGUUCAAGUUCUAGAAGAGUUUGGAUUUUUAUACGACUCCUCUCUCACGCAUCAUGAUUCGUCGUUGUACUUUGUCCCUCGAAUGGCAGAGCCCAAGGCCAUUGACUUCUCGCCUUCCAAGUCUGCUUCUACUUGGAUGAAGCCUCUUCCUGCCCCUGCAGCUAGAACUCCCCAAACUCUGGUCGAAAUUCCGUGCAAUUGGUAUAUGGAGGAUAUGACGCCGAUGCAAUUUCUCCCAGCGGCAGAGAACUCGCAUGGGUUUGUCAGCCCGAUCACCAUUGAGCAGAAUUGGAAGUCGCGGUUUGAGUUCCUCUACAGUGAGGCCCUCGAAAAAUCAAUUGAGGAAGAUGCUGAGCAAGGCUUUGUCUUCCCUUUGGUCCUGCAUCCAGAUACAAGUGGAAUGGCUCAUGUGGUUGGGAUGAUUGACCGAAUGAUUUUGUGGCUCAAACAGCAAGACGAGGUUGAAUUUGUGACAUUUGGCGAGUGUGCGGCAGAGUGGAAAAGGAAUCAUAUUUAA